AUGACGUCAUUUCAACGUGAUCUUAAGAGACUUCCGGUUGCAAAAAUGGCUACUGAAAUAUCUGAUAAGUUUUCAUAUUUAGGGCCACAAGACGAUAAUGUGAUAAACUUUGGAGGGCAUGUGUCCAGCAGCAGUGAGGCAGAAACAGCAUUAUCCAUUCCAACCCCGUCAUCUUCCCAACGAUCUCAUAAAGACAAGAAAAAACACAAAUCUCAUAAAGAACACAAGCAUAAGAAGCAUAAACAUAGCGAGCGUAAGAAAUCCGAAAAUGCUGAAUCAAAUGAGAUUAAAAGAAGUGAGCGCAAAAGGCGUCAUGAGAAACGCUCAAGUUCUAGCUCAAAACACAAAAGUGAUAGCCAUAAGAAACAUAAAAAGCACAAGCAUAAACAUAAAGGCCACAAGAGUCGUACAAAGGAUCAAGUGAAUGCCAAUGGAGGAUCAGAUGAACAGGACAUUGUGAAUGUUGAAGAUGAAGCAGAAGGUACUCCUAAUUCAACUAAACGUAGAAAAUUAGAUGAGUCUGAUAUGGCUGCUCUCGAGACAGCCAAGGCAAUACUUAAGGCCCAGCUUGAAGGCAAACAAGUCCAAGGAGACGCUGAAGUCAUCAAUGCAAUGUCUAUCAUAGCUCAAGGGUACAAAAGUGAGUCUGAAGAAGAAGGAGAAAUUGAACACGAUAGCUUACGUGAUAAAUUCUUGGAGGAAGGGAUCAACAGUUUUGCUACUAAACGGAAAGAGGACUCAAAAUCGCAAUCGGAGGGUGAGAUAGUUGAUAUCAGUGAAGACAUUGAAAUCAUUGAUUUCAAACAAGGGACUAAAAAACCAGAUGAAGAUAUUUGUAUUGUUGAUUCCCCAAUGAGAGGGUCUUCAUUAUAUUAUGAUAAGGCUAAAUCAAGAUCACCAAAUCGCAGCUCAUCUAAGCAAAAGCGAAGCAGUAGAAGUCCACAAAGAAGGCGAAGUCAUUCUCCUAGGAGAGACAGACAUUCAGACAAUCGUUCUAGAAAUAAGGAAAAUAGAUCACCAAUUAGAAGAUCAGGUAUUUCUAGAUCACCAAGUAAACUUAGAGGUAGAAGUCGAAGUCCAAGAUCAAGGAUUUCUAGAUCUCCACGACCAGACCGCCUAAGUAGACGUUCUCCAUCUCCAAGACGGAGGGAUGAUAAAAGACCUGAAGAAAACAGACGUGAUGAGCGGGAUCGUCGUCCAGAUUUUGAUUGGCGUCGUGAUGAUCGUUCAAGAAGUUUACAGGAUCGUUCUCGCGAUGAUAGACGACAUGACUUUGAUCGUCGUAGAGAUGAUAGAUCCAGACGUGAUAGGUCACCCAGGAGAGAUCGACGGAGAAGUCGAUCGAGGGAUAGAAAUAGGAAACCUGAAGACAUAUUCAAAGGGAGCCUUUCAGAAGGCCUCAAACUGCAUGAAUCAGAUUCAGAUGACAACCUAGAGGAUAUAGAGUUGCCACUUGACGAAGAGGAUGAAGAGGCCUUGAUUGAACAACGUAGGAAGCAGAGGGAAGAACUAUUAAUGAAAUUAGCUCCCAAGGAACCUACGCCUCCUUCCACUCCUCCACCAGUUGAUCCUGGACUCGACAUUUUCGAUAAGUCUGAAGAUGCUGACAAAGCCACAGACAAUGUGAAAGAAAAUCAGGAGCAGGAUACAAGUGAACAGGAGCAAGAAUAUGACAAUGAGGAUAACCUAAAAGAACCUGAGAUCCCAGAAACAGAAAAAGAAGAGGAAGAGCCAGAAAUGGAUGAAUCAAGUGAAGAUUCAAGUGAUUCAUCAGAAGAUUCGGCAAGUGACUCGAGCAACAGUUCUGAUGACUCAGAUGAUAGUGAAGAAGAAUCAGACUCAGAUAGCGAUAACGAGUUAACAAAACUAGCCAAGAGAUCUGAUAAAAAGAUCAGCAAAGUGGAGCAAAAAGCUUACAACGAUGAAGACUUAAUUAAUUAUGCUAAAGCAUUAUAUAAAGAUGAUAAACAAGGAAAGUAUGAGGAUGAGAUAACAAGAGAUAAGAGAAGUUCAUCUAGAGACAAAUAUAGUAGAGAGAAAUCUGAAGGUUCCAACAAGGCUAAAUAUGAAAAGGAUGACAAUAGAAGAGAUAGAAAUAAAAGAGACUCCAGUCAUGAAUAUGAAUCAUUGAGAAGUAAAGAUGAAUCAAGCAACAAAAGGAAUAAAGACAAGCGUGACUCAAGUAGAGAUAGAGAUAGGAACAGUAGAGAUAAGUAUAGAGAUUCAAGGCGGGAUAGACGGAAUUCAUCAAGGGAUCGAUAUGAUUCAAAAAGGGAUCGACGAGAUUCAUCAAGAGAUCGAUAUGAUUCAAAAAGGGAUAGAUCAAGAGAUCGAUAUGAUUCAAAAAGGGAUCGACGAGAUUCAUCGAGGGACAGAUAUGAAUCAAACAGGGACAGACGAGAUUCAUCAAGGGACCGAUAUGAUUCAAAAAGGGAUAGAUCAAGGGAUCGAUAUGAUUCAAAAAGGGAUAGACGAGAUUCAAGAGACAGAUAUGAUUCAAAAAGGGACAAACGAGAUUCAUCAAGGGAAAAACAUAGCUCAAGUAAGGAUAGAGACUCCUCUAAACGUAAAUCAAAAUGGGACAAUGAUUCUAAAGAUAGAAGUCUUUCAGUUGAUAAAACACAAGAAGAUCAGUCUAACGAUACUGAUGAGGAUAAAGAACCCACAGAAAGCGAGAUGAGUGUUUCUCCUGCCCCUAAUUCAGAUCUGAAAGCAGAUGGUGCUACAAAUGACAUUUCUUUGGAUGGAUCUGAUUUUGAGAAAGCAGUUCAGGAAAAGCUAGCUCAGAUUCCAGAUCAGAAGAAUACGCAGCAGAAGAAAGAGAAAACAGCCACCGGAGGUUUUGAUAUGUUCGCUGAGGUUGAUACCUUUGAUGAAAAUACAAAUAGUCCCAAUGCAUUCACUAAGUACAGAGGAGGUGCUGUGGAGAAUCCUGCCUUAACUGACAAUUGGGAUGAUUCUGACGGCUAUUACAGGGUUCGUAUUGGAGAGGUUUUGGAUAAACGCUACACUGUAUUUGGUUUUACUGGUCAAGGGGUCUUCAGUAACGUUGUACGUGUCAGAGAUCAAGCGAGAGGCAACUUGGACUGUGCCAUUAAGAUCAUCAGGAAUAAUGAAAUGAUGCAGAAGACUGGCAUGAAGGAGCUAGAAUACCUAAGGAAGCUUAAUGAUGCCGACCCUGAUGACAAGUUCCACUGUGUUAGACUCUACAGACAUUUCUACCAUAAAAACCAUCUCUGUCUCGUCUUUGAAACACUCAGUAUGAACCUCCGGGAAGUGUUAAAGAAGUAUGGUCGUAAUAUAGGACUCCAUGUAAAAGCAGUGAGGUCAUACACCCAACAACUAUUGCUGUCUCUGAAGCUGAUGAAGCGUUGUAGUAUUUUACAUGCAGAUAUAAAGCCUGAUAAUGUAUUGAUUGAUAACACAAAGCUCAUGAUGAAGAUGUGUGAUUUUGGUUCAGCAUCACAUGUUUCUGAAAAUGACAUCACGCCAUACCUUUGCAGUCGUUUCUACAGGGCUCCUGAGAUUAUCCUAGGUAUGGGAUAUGAGCACAGUGCAGAUCUGUGGUCAGUUGGAGUAACCAUUUAUGAGCUCUACACAGGCAAGAUUAUGUUCCCAGGCAAAACUAACAAUGAGAUGCUGAAAUUAAUGAUGGACGUCAAAGGCCGUUUCCCAAAUAAGAUGAUACGUAAAGGCGCCUUUCGGGAAAAUCAUUUUGACAAUAACUAUAAUUUCUUGUAUCACGAAGUGGAUAAAGUUACACAGAGGGACAAAAUUACUUUGAUGACAAACAUUGCACCAACAAAGGACCUUCUAGCGGACUUAAUCGGCAACCAGCGACUCCCUGACGAUCAACUUCGUAAAGUUCAACAGCUGCGUGAUCUCCUCGACAAAAUCCUCAUGCUGGAUCCUGCAAAACGGAUGUCUAUUAACGAUGCCCUAAAACAUCCUUUCAUACAGGAGAAAAUCUGA